AUGAUUCCCCACCAAUAUUCCAUUAUUGUUAAUGGAGCUGGCGCAAGGCAGCGGCGUGCGUGCCUCGCCUCCGCUUUUCGUACUGCAUUCGCCUGCACUAUUGUGGGCUGCACCACCCUCUACGGCCCUGCCUUCCUCCAUCGCCAAAUAGCCUUCCCAGCAUUUUCCUACGUAACUGUAAUUCUAAUCAUUGUCGCCGAUGCAACAUUAGGUGACGCAUUGCGUGGCUGCUGGCUCGCGCUCUACGCCACGGUCCAGAGCCUCGGUCCAGCCAUCUUCUGCCUGUGGGUGAUCGGACCCGCCCGGUUGUCGAGCUUAACCACUGCUCUUGCGGUGGCGCUAGGCUCAUUUGUGGUGGUCCUUCCCGAGUCCACUCACUUGGUAGCAAAGCGCAUAGCGUUGGGUCAGAUUGUGAUUGUGUACGUGGUUGCUUUUAUCAAUGGGGAGCACACUCAGCCCGUCAUGCAUCCUGUCCAUCUAGCGGCAAGUACGGCACUUGGAGUCUUGGCUUGUGUUCUGUCCUUGUUGCUUCCUUACCCACGGCUAGCCUGUUACGAGGUGAAACAGAACUGCAAGCUACUCUCUGAGAAUGCUUCAGAGAGGCUAAAGCUCUUUGUGAGAGCAUUCUGUGCCGAGAACAGCACGUCCGCUCUUGCAUCAAUCUCUCAAGCUAAGUCCUUAGAUGGGACAGGAACCAAACUUCUUUCAAGUAUCAAAAGGCACCAGGGAAGCAUGCAGUGGGAGGGACUUUCAGUCAAAGGUUUUGAACUCGGAUGGCACAUGAUCAAGGCAGGAGACAGAUUGCAAGAUUUAGAGAUACCUUUCAAAGGGAUGGAAAUGGCUUUAACAAGUAUUUCGUCAUAUCCAGUUGAAAUAUUGCUGGAUAGAGAGCUCAAAGAUCAUGGUUUGCUUCGACUAGAGGAAAUCUUGAGUCUACUUAUAAAACAAGGCGAGUGCUUUUUGCCCUACAGUCAUCCACUAACCGUUCCCGAGUCCAGUGCAGAAGAGAUAAUGAAAUCGCUUCAAACCCUUCAAACCAUUCCAACAGCCCAAGAAGAUUUACCCCCAUAUUUCUUCAUAUUCUGCAUGAAAUUCCUUCAUAGCAAAUUGUUGACUAAACCAUCUGAUUCCAAAAGAAACAACCCAGUUCAGAAAAAUGAAAAUUCUACUGAUCCAUGUCAAAUAAAUGUGUUCUCCUUAAAAGGGGUUUGGAACAAUUGGCCCAUGAAGGUAAGCAGAGAAAGGUUAUUGGCAGCAUUUAAAUGUUCACUUUCUCUGGGCCUUGCAGUGCUAUUUGGGUUGCUGUAUAGCAAGGGGAAUGGAUACUGGUCAGGACUCCCUGUGGCGAUCAGUCUGGCAUCAGCCAGGGAGGCAAUAUUCAUAGUUGCCAACGUUAAAGCACAGGGGACGGUCUUAGGAACCGUGUAUGGAGUAUUGGUUUGUUCUGUUUUUGGAAGGUUCUUGUCAUUAAGAUUCUUAUCUCUUCUUCCAUGGUUCGUGUUCGCGAGCUUUCUACAGCGUAGCCAAAUGUAUGGGCAGGCGGGAGGAAUUUCUGCAGUUAUUGGAGCAGUAAUGAUACUGGGAAGGAAAAAUUAUGGUCCUCCAAGUCAAUUUGCGAUAGCAAGAAUUACCGAAACAUUCAUUGGAUUGUCCUGUUCAAUAAUGGUUGAACUUAUCUUGCAGCGCACUAGAGCUUCAACCCUAGCAAAAGCUCAACUCUCAAAAAGCCUCGGGUUAUUGCACGAGUGUGUCACCUCAGUAAGCAUUAUUAAUGAAGACAGCAAAUCCAAAUUGGAAAGGAAUCAGAAGAGGCUGAAAAUCCAAGUAAGCGAGCUAGGGAAGGUCAUUACAGAAGCUGAGGUGGAACCCAAUUUCUGGUUUUUACCUUUCCAUAGUGCUAGCUAUAGUAAGAUAUUAAAUUCCUUGUCAAAAAUGGAGGACCUCUUGCUUUUUAGUGCUCAUGCAAUUAGUUUCCUUCAAGAAGAUCAAUCACAAGGAGUGCUUGAUCAGGAUUCAUGGAAGGAAUUUGUCGACAAGCUAGAAGAUGACCUUAAACUCAUCAAGGAAAUCAUUGGCUCGUCAAUAAAAUGUUUUGAACAAUUCAUUUUGAUGAAAUCGCUGACAUUACUUGAAAAGGAGCUAGCACAGAAUAAGGUUUCUUGUGAUCUUGAGCUGGGAAAAUCACGAAACCCAAACAUUAUUUUGGAUUCCAGUUUACAUGAACAUGAGAUAGAGAAGAUAAUAGAUUCAUAUCUCCAACAUUCGAAAGAACUUGACAAAAUAUUACAUAUUGAAAGUGAUCAGUACGAGCUGCUUAAGUGCCAUAAGGUUCUAAGCUUGACUGCCCUAGGGUUUUGCAUCAGUAGUUUAGUGAGAGAAACGGCUGAGAUGGAAAAGAAAAUCAUAGAACUUGUUCGGUGGGAGAAUCCUUCAAGCCACAUCGAUAUGUAUGAAUUAUCAUGUAAGCUACGUUCUUUAUACAAAUAA